AUGUCCCUGCAUGUCUCUCACUGCAUCCCCUCAGAUGGUCUCACCAUCGCCACCCUCGAAACUGCCACCAUGUCCAGGUGUCUCCAAAUCGAGCUCGGCUCCGCCACCCCUAAAGCCAUGAGAGAACAUCUCGCGCAAUACUACCCUCUAUUCCUCGAGGGUGCUGUAGCUACCAUUGUCAAACAGGUCUGUCUCAAAGUUGUGGACGUUGAGGGAAUGAUCGCAUGGGCGGCAUGGGAGCUACCAUAUGACGGACCGGCAAACCCUCAACCCGUAAACGGUGUGCCUCCAAUAUGGGGCAUGAACAUGGGAUUUGUGAUUUCGCUGAGUCGCGCCGAGAUGAAGAUGCGCAAUCGAGUUUUGAAGGAAAAGAUGUCUUUUGUGCUGAACAGCUUGGCUACCUCUCCCACCCAUAAGGGUGAUGCUAGUACCUUGCUUCUGUCAUGGCCAUUCCAACGAGCGGAUAGGGAGGGGGCGAUGUGCUAUGUCGAUUGCGAAGAAGGAGGGGAACGAGUCAAGCUUUGCGAAGAGUUGGGGUUCGUAAGGAUGGAUGAGUGUCAUAUUGACCUAACGUUGGGUGGGUUGGAGGGUAUUUAUACGCAUGUGGCUAUGCACAGCCUGGACCUGCUCUAUCCACGCUCAGCGUCUGCCAUUAGAGGAAGCGUCGGCACGAACCAUUUCUACUCAAUCGAACCUGAACCGCAAGCUACCGCCCACAUGGACUGUCUCAGUGCUUUACCAGAAGAGCUGACAUCCGAGAUUGUUCAACGGGUGGCUCAUAAAUCCCUACCUGCACUGGUAUCAGUCUCCCGUCAACUCCACCGUCUGGUGCUCCCUAGGCUCUACCGUUGCGUGCAUUACAGCGGAAUCGAUACAUGUGACAGCGACAGAGUCAAUAAAGGAUUUCUCGUCUGUGCAAAUUACGCGACAGCGAUAAGACCCGCCCGUGGAGAUUGGCCACAAUGCCAACCAUCGAGGAUUGUCAGGCUCAGUCCUUUCCUUGAAUGCAUCACCACGCGUCCACAAAUCCGCUCCUACAUCGCUACUGCAGGCUUUGACUUGUUGGACACCGAUUCUGAGGCUACAGUUGACAUGGUCUCUUACAUCAUAGACCUACUUCUACCGUCGCUGCAGACAUUGAAUAUCUCACCCGUCUUCUACAAACUUGACCCCCUAAGAGACAUAAAACUCAAGUCACUGAACAUUUCUCACGAAAUAUGGGCGAACCGGGAUCCUGGAAACUCCUACCUCUUCGCUUUGUUCCGUAUAUCGACUCUCCGAAAUCUCUCCAUCGAGAUUGCAGCAGAUUGGGACACGUCUCCUCGGUGGCAUCGUCCUCAACAUUCUGCAAGGUUGAGAACUUCAAACGUGACAUCGUUGUCCUUUCCGACCGGUAUACCUUUCGGAGAUGACUUGGCAGAGAUCCUGUCGUGGCCUAAAGCUUUGGAAGUCUUUGAGCUUGGACCGCCUCCUGUUCGCAAUAAGAAAGUCCUUGCAAAUGUGCUCUCCCCCGAAGACUGGCCGAAUGAGUACAGAGAGCUGUUCUUCAAAGAUAGCCAAACGCCGCCACAGAUCUGGGAAGUUCUGCCUCCAGCAAUACGGAUGUUGAGACUGGAAGGUGAACCGCACUUCACGUGGAUUGUUAGACUUUUCCAACCCAUGUCUCCUCCCCUGCCAAAAGAGCUCAUGAUGCAGCUGAGUGAGAUCGCUAAACAUAAGAGAUUGCGAUACCCAAAUCUGCAAGAAGUCGUGUUGGGGCAGCCACGGUUGGCCGACCCUUUUCAGACCUUCAUUUUGAAGAGCCUUCGCGGCAACUCCGGCAUUAUCAAGGAUUUCGAGGAGAGUGAGAUACGGCUUACGUUCGCGCAAGACCCCGAGACGAGCGCACCGAGAAGAAGAAAAGUCGUCUAA